UAGCAGACAUAGUUGGAGGGUUCGGGUAAAAAUGGCCGAAUAUUUAGCUUCGAUAUUCGGGACUGAGAAGGACAAGGUUAACUGCUCUUUUUACUUUAAGAUCGGGGCCUGCCGGCAUGGGGACCGGUGCUCCCGGCUUCACAACAAACCGACUUUCAGCCAGGUUCCUCCCCCAACCUUCAGGCCCUUCUCCCAGGAACUUGGCCACGCCCCCACCAUAGUACUGCUCAACCUGUACCGGAAUCCACAGAACACCGCCCAAACCGCAGACGGAUCGCACUGUCACGUGAGCGACGUGGAGGUGCAAGAACACUAUGAUAACUUCUUCGAGGAAGUGUUCACAGAACUGCAGGAGAAGUACGGAGAGAUUGAAGAGAUGAAUGUGUGCGACAACCUGGGGGAUCACCUCGUGGGCAAUGUUUAUGUCAAGUUUCGGCGCGAGGAGGAUGCAGAGCGGGCAGUGGCUGAACUCAAUAACCGCUGGUUCAACGGGCAGGCUGUGCAUGCCGAGCUGUCUCCCGUCACUGACUUCCGGGAGUCGUGCUGUCGGCAGUAUGAGAUGGGGUAUGGUAGUGCAGGGGUGGGAUGGUCACCUGGAGUCCCAGACUUCUGUGUAUGUGUUGAGGGGGCUGUCAGUGACAAUGGCCUCAUCCGUCCAUCCAUGCUUUACCCAGGGAAUGUACCCGGGGUGGUUUCUGCAACUUCAUGCACCUGCGACCUAUCUCCCGCAACCUCCGGCGGCAGCUCUAUGGGCGGGGACCCAGGCGCAGGUCACCCCCAAGGUCCCAUACUGGCCACCGUCCCCGAGAAAGAAAUCGACGACGGUCCCCAGACCACCGGCAUGGCCGUUUCUGAGAUGCUGACCUCCUUGCCCUCCACCCCUGGCAGGCAUAUAUGUUCCUGGCCAGGACCCCUCCUCAAAGCUCCCUUAACUCCCUAGUGCCAUCUUUCCCAGGCUCCGGGUCUCCAUGAUGUAAUACCUUCAACACAGGGACCUUCUAUCGCCCCGCCCCUAAUAAAGUUAUAUAUUGAGGGUUUAGAGCUUCGUUGUUAGCUUGA